AGAUCCAGCACUACCCCCGUGAAUGGGACGCAGAGACGUUAAGAGCGUCAUGGGCGGGGCUAGAGCGGGCGACUGCGCUCUGGUGACUGUGCCUCAGCGCGGAGUGGGCGGGAUGUGGCGCUGAGAUGAGCCGGGCUAGAGUGCCACCCUCGCCGUUACCGAGCUGAGCGCGUCGAAGGAUUUCAGGUGAUGAGGGAGACGUCGCUAUCGGGCUACUCGUCCUUCUAUUACUUAGACUGCUUUCCAGAGUAAACAACACCUGCUUGGACUUAUGUUGACCAUGAGUCUUGUCAUGAUAAGUGAGAAUGUGAAGCUGGCCCGUGAAUAUGCCUUGCUGGGAAAUUAUGACUCUGCAAUGGUCUAUUAUCAGGGAGUACUUGACCAAAUGAAUAAAUACCUUUCUUCUGUCAAAGACGCAUUCCUCCAGCAGAAAUGGCAACAGGUUAGGCAGGAGAUAAGUGUAGAAGCAAAGCACGUGAAGGAUAUCAUGAAAACACUAGAAAGCUUUAAAUUAGACAGCACUCCUUUGAAAGCUGCACAACAAGAAUUACCAGCUCAUGACGGAGAAGUUUGGUCGCUGCCUGUACCUGCUGAACGUAGAUCUUCACCGGGAGCCAGAAAACGUCAGUCUGCUCAUUGCAGUGACUGCAGGGGCCAAAAUAAUCGAGCAAGUGCUGCAGCUAGAGUUCCUAACCGUCCCUUCUCCCGAAACACUAAUGAUAAAGGCAAAAUAAUCCGUGGCCGAGAAAAGAAGGAUCCACAAAAUAAAGGAAAAGAGGAAAAAAAUAAGCCCUCAUCUGACAUUUCAGAACCUGAGCCAAAGAAAUUUGAUAGUACUGGAUAUGAUAAAGACUUAGUAGAAGCUUUGGAAAGAGACAUCAUUUCCCAAAAUCCCAAUGUUCGAUGGGAUGAUAUAGCUGAUUUAGUGGACGCUAAAAAGUUGCUCAAGGAAGCAGUAGUUUUACCCAUGUGGAUGCCAGAAUUCUUUAAGGGGAUUAGAAGGCCCUGGAAGGGCGUUUUGAUGGUUGGUCCUCCUGGCACUGGAAAAACACUCCUUGCAAAGGCUGUAGCUACUGAAUGCAAGACAACUUUUUUUAACAUAUCGUCAUCAACGCUCACUUCAAAAUACAGAGGAGAAUCUGAAAAACUUGUUCGUCUUCUCUUUGAAAUGGCUCGAUUCUAUGCACCAACAACAAUAUUUAUAGAUGAGAUAGAUUCUAUCUGUAGCCGCAGAGGCACUUCUGAGGAGCAUGAAGCCAGCCGAAGGGUGAAGGCAGAAUUACUCGUUCAGAUGGAUGGUGUUGGAGGGGCUUCUGAAAAUGACGAUCCUUCCAAAAUGGUUAUGGUAUUAGCUGCUACUAAUUUUCCAUGGGAUAUUGAUGAGGCCUUAAGACGACGGCUGGAAAAGAGAAUUUAUAUUCCUUUACCAUCAGCCAAAGGUAGAGAAGAACUUCUAAGAAUAAGCUUACGAGAGUUGGAACUUGCUGAUGAUGUUGACCUUACCACUAUAGCACAAAAUAUGGAAGGUUAUUCUGGGGCUGACAUUACUAAUGUGUGCAGUUAACAGGGCAAGAAACAUUCAGAAUGUCAUCCUUAAGGAGCCACAUUCAUUUGUCUCCUGCCCCCAUGCGUUCAAUGAACUUGUAGAGCAGGAGGAAAACCAUGACCAUAAGCCACGCCCCCAACCUCUGAGUGUUCAGCUGAAGGUGCAACAGGGGCCUCUAUGCUCUCACAUCCAUGAAGGAAAGGAGUUGUGAACACACAAUGCUGACCACUGCCAUUCUGAAUUCUCAGCUCCAGAAAGCUAAGGGCCUAUGCCUGAACACAACUGCGUAAUAUUUUUCUACAAGGGUAGGGUAUAAGGUGUGAGGCAGUUUCCUCUGCUCCAAUAAUACUCUGUCGUCCCCCACAUAAUUUAGGCUCCUGGGAUGUCUCAUGAGGGUGUCUCCACUUUACUAAUAAUGAAGUGAAGGUGACAGGAAAUGGACCUUAUAAGAGGAUGGAGGCUCUGUUCUGAGAGGAGUCUCUGGCAACUUGCCAGGCAUUGUUUCUUCAUCCACUGUAGUUUCUACUUGUCUGAGAAGGUAGUGACUGGUUGUUUGUAGUGGACUUUCAAUAUCUAUUUAAGCAAAAAGAAUAAGAGAUUAGCUUGACAGGUAGGGUUUUUUUAAUUUCACCUCUGUAGCUCAGGCCAGGGAAAAUAAUAAAUAUUACAUUUUGAGGAUGUCCAAAUAUAUGGGUGUUUUGUUU